AUGCCCGAAGACGAAGCAUACAUCGCGUUCAGGAAGAUUCGCUCCAUCCGCAGCAUCAGCAGCCACGGACCAAUUGAUGCGCUGCGUUCUUUUGCCCCCGACUUAGGACUCCCAGCCCUGCCAUGGACUGCCGUCGCCGAGGAUGAAGUAGUUUCGGCACUUGUAUCUCAGUACUUCGCCACGGAUUAUCUGUAUGUGUAUCCUCCAAUACCUCGAUCUAAGUUUCUCCUUGAAAUGAAGGCGGGAGACCCCGGUACAGCGACUUGUUGCUCCCCGUUACUGGUUAACGCAAUAUGCGCCCAUCAAUGUACUCUUUCACCAAAGGCCCAUCUCGGUGCCGUGCCUCGCGGGGAUAUGGCUGAGAGGUUCCUUGUCGAGUCCAACCGACUACUCCAGAACGAGUCCAGCAAAGGGUCCUUGGCGUCCUGCCAAGGUGUCUGCUUGAUACAUGCCGCUAUGGCUACGCGAGAUCAGCUCAAAGUCGUGUUGGACGUCGAAGUGGACUCAUUCAAAUCUGAAUCAGAAGCCGUUACGAAAACCGCUGGCGCGGGUCAAGGGCUCGAUGAAUGUCGGAUGUGCGCCGAGUCUUGA